AAACUUUUGAAGUGACAGAGUAUAGGUUUCUUAGUUGGUGAAAAGCAAGAUUUGCACUGUUCUAGAAAAUCUAUCAAAACCAACAAUAAUCCGGUGACUUUUCCGGUUAAAAUAACUCACCGGAAAGUAUGGCGAAACAGAAUUUUGCAGGAAAUUUUAAGAAAAACCCAAGUUUUAACAUGUCUUCAUGUGUCUAAACAAGGUUUUUGUGAAAUUUUUUUGCAAACAACUACAAGCUUUCUGAAAAGUUUUAACUCAUUUUAUCUUUUAAAACAAACUUGAAAAUCCAGUUUCAAACACAUACAAAGUUACCAAACCUUCAAUGAUUUUGUGCGAAAAACACGACACUAGGCUCGGUUUUAACAAGGAUGAGUGCCUAGGCUCUGAUACCACUUGUAGGUCCCUAGAGGAGGAUCUAGUAACCUUAUCCUUGCUAUUAGACACAACCUCAAGAGUUUGUUUGCAAAGGAUAAGACAAGAUAACACUCACACAAACCCACUGUAUUCUCACUAUGUUCUCUGUGUUCUAAGGUGCUACUUCAUCGCUAUCGCUACGUAGCAUAUAGGUACCUUGUCGCUAUUCAUUAUCGAUAACUAUAGUUGUUGUUGAUGGUAGUGGUGGUGGUGUGUUAGAUUAUUUGUUAUUUAUUUGCUCAUGUUAUAGUCCAAUAUGUAGCCCGCUGGGCCUGAGGGUUUACGUAGAGGAGGUUCCUUCCUUUAUAUACAAUUUCGUAUCUUAUCUUUGUGUGUCCCUAAUUUGCCUCAUUGUUAUUUGUUGUUGUCGCGGCUAUUCAAUCAACCACUACAUUUUCAACGUUACGUGAUUGCAAUUUCCGGAACAGCAAAGACAAUGCAUAUGAAUAGAUACCAGAAUGGUAAUGCAUCUAGCAGCAAGAGUUUGAAGACUUCUAUCAUCAGUAGUCUGUCAUCAUGGUCAAAUCUUGACCACGACCUGCUCUUACCAAUUUUGAUGAAACUUGGACCCGUAGAUUUCUUGGCAUUCAGCGGGGUUUGCAAAUCUUGGAGGUCACUAGCAUUUGCUAACCUAAACAAGUUUAUGGGUUCUAGACGACCCAUGUCAGUAUCUUUCUCUACUAGCACUAAUAAUGAGUGCUAUUUAGAGGACUUUGAGGGAAGAAAAUUCAAAACCAUUCUUCCCCAUUCUACUGGCAGUACUUGUGUUGGUCUAACAUGCGGUUACUUGAUCUUCUUCCGGAGCAUAACCUGUGAGUUCUGGCUUGUGAAUCCCCUCAGCAAGUGUGAACUUCACUUCCCUAAUUUUCCCAGAUCCUAUAAGGUAGAUACAAAUCCAUCAAUCUUCAGGGGUAUCCUUGUCUUUUCACCCUCCAGAUCCCAGUGGGUUCUUGUGAUCUCACAAAAGUUCACCAAAACAGUAUUAUAUUCUGUAUCUGGUAAACAAGCCACCUGGCGUUUUCUUUCCUUACCUUUCCCCAUCCUUGAUAUACAUUCUUUCAAUGGAAAGAUGUAUACAAUUAGCAGCAGUUGUCAUUUAUAUGAAGUGAGACUCAAUGCAAUGCCCAGUUUGACGCUACUUGGAAUGAAGAAUUUCCCAGAACGGGGACUCUUACGCCCGGAGUUUGUAAACUCGGGCAAAACUCUCUAUGUGGUGAGUUGUAUUGCACGAGAUGUGUACGAGGCUUAUGAAAUGGAUUUUGAACAAAUGGAAUGCAUGCGGAUAGAAAAGCCGACAGUGGAAAAUGCAUUCUUUGUGGGUGAUUGGAAAAGUAGUGCUGCUGUUAAUCCUGACACUUGGGCCAAACGUCAGAUGCGAAAUGAAAGGCUUGGUUUGAAGGAUAGUGAUCAAAGUAAAAUUAAAGGCAGGUGUUUGAUUACCAACAUGUGGUACUUCCCACAUGAAUGCUUUAAUGCUAAUCUCCUACAGUAGUUUAUUAGAACUUUUUAUGAGAACCGCCGUAUGUCAUGGUUUAAACACUUUGUUUCCGAACCUGCUGUCAUGGUUUAAAGACUUUGUUUCCGAACCUGCGGUUUAGGCGAACAUAAAUGUUAUUGACAUCUCUUUUAUAUGCCGUUUGUUGUCUUUUUUGCAUUG